GAUUCAUGGACGGCAGUUUCCUUUUGGUCCUGCUACCGGUGGAUUCAGGAAACAGACAAGGUGACUCGCGAAGAAAGAAUAAUAUUAAAGUGGGUAUUAUAGAAAUAGGUUGUGUACUGGUUCAGCAAGGGUCCCAGUGAUGACAGUGACAAAACUCGGGACUUCAUAGCAGCACGGAACUUCCUGCAGACGUGACCCGUUGUACCUCAAAACAGUAUCGUCCCCUGAUUCGUAACGUACAGUUGGGAGAGGGCCCUACAUCUCGGACAACCAUGUCGCCUACACCUUCAAGGUCGAAAAGUUGCGACGACGGGCGCUGAACAGAAGUGACCGACUGAGGUUUAAAGCUUUCAUACCAUAUAUCAGCGCAGAAACUUAUCACCGGAAGCGGUCUCUAUCCAUCCUGUUUCCAAAUCACCGUUGCAGAAUGUCGCAGCAGAGUGGAGGGUCGCAGAGACGAAGCACAGGCACCGCAGUCAAGUCGCAAAACCAUUUUAACUCCACAAGAAACUUUAUGGAGAUGGGACGCCUGAGCGACAGCGUGCUGGAUAAGCAGAAGGAACUGAGGUUACGGUGGGUUGAUGAGGAGGAUAUGGAGAUGGAUGUGGAACAGGGCAGCAUCUCUAGUGAAGAAACAGCAGGUUCUUGUUCAGACAAUGAACUACGAGUUGGAGUGCGGCAUGCACAAGACAUCUGGAACAGAAAUGAUGUGGAGGAUGGGCUAAGAGCCUUGCCUGGAAGUGAGGAGGUUUCCACACUUCUAGAAUCAGGAGAUGAAGCUGGGCUGGUAAAUCAUAGUCAUGGACAGACAACAGGACUUCUAAUAGCCUCCUGGAAAGGCAACACUCACAUGCUCACUAGACUGCUGGAUGCUGGAGCUUCAACCUGUGUAACAGAUGCUGAAGGAAGGACUCCACUACAUUUAGCAGCCUGUGCCCGAGAUGCAGGUUGCGUUAACAUUCUUCUGGAACAUGAAGCAUCAGUACAGGUAUGGGACUCCCAUCAUCGAGCUACUCCACUGCACUGCGCUGCCAGUGCCGGAAACUUAACAAGCCUACGACUUAUCCUGAAAGCUGGUGCAGAUGUGAAUGCAGGACUAACAGGAAGAAGUGCCUUGCAUUACGCAGUACAAAGCUCUGCCAUUGACUGUGCCAGAGAGCUGCUGAAAGCUGGUGCCAAUCCCAACACACCUCAGGUGUACACAGAGACACCCCUGCAUGUGGCAGCAGCCAUGGGCUCUGCAGUGUGCGUUCGUUUAUUAUUAGAACAUGGUGCAAAUGUGCGGGUCCAAUUUGGGCCCCAGAAAACAACAGCGUUACAUCUAGCAGCUGAAGAUGAAAAUGCAGAGUGUUCAAAGUUGCUCUUAGAUGCCGGUGCAGAAAUCAAUGCGCAAAAUGAUCGACAUCAGACACCUCUCCACAUUGCAGCAUUAUCCCAGUCAGGAGAGAUAUUGGAGCUGCUGUUACAACGUGGAGCUGACCCUAAUGCUGAAGAUACUGAUGGUCGAACACCACUGCACAGUGCCAUUGUGAAGAUCUAUCGCUCAUGUGAGUGUGUGCGAUUACUCCUCGAUGCAGGGGCCAAGGUUAACAAGCCUGAUGCAUUUGGGUAUACGCCCUUACACAUUGCAGCACUCAAUGAAAUAUCGAGCUGUGUUUAUCUGCUGUUGACCUAUGGUGGUGAUGUAACAGCAAGGACAAAUGGAGGAGUGUCAGCACUGUCCUUCAUUGUCCGACGCACUCCAGAUAUCCUGCCAAGGAUACUGUCUCAGAUGGAUGCUUCUAUCAAACUCCAUGAUCAUGAAAUUGGUGAUGUUGAUUGUGAACUCAAGCUUGAUUUCCGUAUCCUUGUGCCAAGUGUUGAGCGUGGGGAGAGUGGACUCCUGUUAACACUGAUAGAAGUUGGCCAAAGACACAUCUUGAAACAUCCACUGUGUGAAACAUUCCUAUUUCUGAAGUGGAAAAGAAUUAGAAAAUUUUUCCUUUUCAGCCUUUUCUUUCACACAAUCUUUGUGCUGCUCUAUUCAGGCUAUAUGAUGGGUGUAUACCUAAGAAACUGUCCAAUGCCAGUGUCAAAUGAAACUCGGACUAAUGACAUGGACACCUGCAAUAUCCUCAUGGUUGUGAAAGUGACAGGCUAUGUGCUGCUGGCAUUUGACAUGUUACUGAUAGCAAAGGAACUGUUUCAAAUGGCUCACAGCUGGGAAACAUAUGUGACUCAUUGGGAGAACUGGCUCCAGUGGCUCAUCAUAAUCAGUGUGUUCCCAUGUGUGCUGCACCACCACAGUGCUGAUGAUGUAAGCCAAGAUGUUCUCACUUGGCAACAUCAUGUGGCUGCAAUUGGCAUCUUCCUUACAUGGAUUGAACUGAUGAUGCUUGUUGGACGUUUCCCUAUAUUUGGGCUUUAUGUACAGAUGUUCACUACAGUUGCUUUGAACUUUGCCAAGUUCCUACUAGCUUACAGUUGCCUCCUGGUAGCUUUCAGUCUUAGUUUUGGAGUACUCUUCCCCAACUACAAAUCUUUCAGGAACAUAGCCUGGGGUCUCAUGAAAACUGUUGUCAUGAUGUCAGGAGAACUGGAGUUUGAAGACAUUUUCUAUGCAACAGAGAGCCCUAUAUUGUACCCAAUUACAGCACACCUUAUAUUCCUUGCAUUUGUCCUUCUUGUGACAGUAAUCCUCACUAAUCUAAUGGUAGGUCUGGCAGUAAAUGACAUCCAAGGACUGCAACAAUCUGCAGGGCUGGAUCGGCUGGUUCGACAGGCUGAACUUGUGGCACAUCUUGAGAGUAUGCUGUUCUCCCGAUUACUUCGUUGUCUACCAAAUAAACUGCUAACCCUAUGCCAUCGCAGUGCCUUACUAACAUUUUCACCAUAUCACCGAUCACUAUACAUUCGUCCCAAUGACCCACGUGAAAAUCGUAUUCCACGCGAACUAGUUAAAAACGCUUACCAUUUGGUAGCUGAAAGAAAAGAGAAAUCAAGGCAUCGGUUAAGAUACAGCUCCACAUCAUCAGACAAUGCAAUCAGAUGUUCAGAUGGUGACUAUGUAAAAAUAGUUUACCCCCAGUCAAGGUACUCAGUGAAAAGUGAAACUGAAUCACGUGGGACGUGUCCAAAUUCCAAACACCGACAAUGUGAUUCCACAAUAGAUCAACUACUGUCCCACAUGGCUGCUCUGACUGAUGAACUUCAGCAGCGUGACAUCAUAACCACACAGCGUUUGAAUAUGCUGACAGAAGAGAUAAAUGCUCUGCGGAAAGACUUCAAGUCCAUUUGAUGUGAUACUUAGGGAAACGUGACUUACUCAAUAACUAAAGCAGAACAGACCACUGUAGGUCGCGGCGCAGGGGCCGAGAAGGCCUACCCCUCAUACAUUCAUACUCAAUAACUAUUCAUUACAGCAUUUUCACUGUUUCAUCAUCCUUAUUAUGCCAUCAUGAUCAGAUACAUUACUUUUGUACUCAAAAAAUUUCUGCACAGUGAAACUGUCUCGGUCAUCCAACAUUCAUCCGUCUGGUUGGCAUUUCACAAUAUUUUGGGCAAGCCUUGAAGAGUACAUUCUUAAGAAUUGAUUAUGUCUCUCAUUUUUGUAGUCUUGGAGUCUUUUCUCUAAAGCAUAUCUGUAAUGUAUUGCAUAUUGUUGCACUGCAUACAUGGUCUGUUAAUGUAUAUCCAGAGACGUGCCUUAAAAAGCUCAUUUCUGCUGUUUCAAUUUUUCUCCUUUCAGAUCUAUUCAGAGUCUGGUCUUCACUUCCAUAUACAGCCACAGGAACUGCUAUUACCUUAUAAAAUUUAAUCUGUGUAUAUUUUCUAGCUUUCUUUUUUACCACUCUUGGUACUGUUUGAAAUCUAGACAGCGUCUGUUCAAGAUCAUUUUCAUAGCUGUAUGAUAUGUCAUAGCCCAGAUAAUUAAAGCCCUGAACCUGUGUGACUGCUUUA